CACACACACACACACUCCGCUCCUCCAACUGUCUCCGCAGAAGGUUUUGGCCACGCUUCCCAGGACAGUUCGGAUCGAACCAGCGCGUUUUCCUGCAUCUCGGGUGCCCGACAUGAUCCGGACCGCUGUGGCGGCGAGCAGGUCCGUUGUGUCCCGCAGAGGUCCAGCGCAGAGUCGGGUCCAGUGAGGAGCACGUAGACGUUCGGUGAUCGCACCCUGAGCGUGGCACCAUGGGGUGGAGCCUCACAGCAUGGAGCCGCUUCCUCCGACUGGCCGCUCUUCUGUCGCUCCUCCCCCCGGAGAGGGUGGCGGCUCAGGUCCUAGGAAGCCCCCUGGACUGCAGGAACACCUGUGUGUGCGCCAGCAACAUAGUCAGCUGCUCCAGGAAGAACCUGAGCGCCAUUCCCACCGCUCUGCCGCAGUACACCGCCGUGCUGGACCUCAGCUACAACGCCAUCGCCAGGAUCCGGGCGGAGUGGACCUCGGUCAGGCUCAGCAGGCUGCACACGCUGCUGCUGAGCCACAAUGGCCUCACCUUCCUCUCCUCCGAGUCGUUUGUGUGCGUCACCAAGCUGCGCUACCUCGACCUCUCCUCCAACGGCCUCCGCAUCCUGGACGAGUUGAUAUUCGAGCCGCUGGAACACCUGGAAGUUCUGCUGCUCUAUAACAACCAGAUCUCCCAAAUCGACCGCACCGCCUUCUCCGGGCUCUACAGCCUGCAAAGACUCUACCUGAGCCAGAACCAGAUCUCCCGCUUCCCUUUGGAGCUGGUGAAGGAGCGAAGCCGCUUGGAAACCCUUCAGCUUCUGGACGUCUCUGCCAACAAGAUCAAAUGGCUUCCCCUGGCUGAGCUGCAGACGCUGCCGGCUUGGAUCAGGAACGGCUUGUACUUCCACAGGAACCCGCUGCCCUGCAGCUGCCAGCUCUACGACGUCGUGGCCCGCUGGAGACUCAAGGGCAUGAGCUCGGUCACCGACUACAGCAGCGACCACACCUGCGUCUUGCCGGGGGCCCAGAAGGAGAGGAUGGCCGUUCUGGAUCUGAACAAGAUCUACAUGAACUGCACUGAGGUCAGCCUGGUGGACGAGGAGUCCUACUUGGACCAGUUCCUGGUUCUGGACUGUGACACCAAGCAGAGGAACAUGAGGAAGAGCUGGCUGCUGCCGGGAAACAUCCCUGUGCCACCUGCACACAAGACAGCAGAAAUGCUUCCUGGGGGCCACCUGCAGAUCGGACCCCUGAGGGCCGAGCACACGGGGGUCUACACCUGCUAUGCUGUGAGCGAGACGUACAACGAGACCCUUUAUGUAAACGUCAUGGUUUACAACACCACCAUGAGUGGCGGCAUGGAGAACCUCAAGACCGCCUACACCACCCUUGUAGCGUGUCUGGUCAGUGUAGUCAUGGUCCUGGUUUACCUCUACCUCACACCAUGCGCCUGCUGUCCCGGCCAGGACCUGGAGAAAAGUGAGGCGGAGGACAGCGCGCACUCCUCCAAAGCCAGUAUCGCAGCAGCUCACAGCGACAUGGGGGAAGGUGAAGCCAAGGACUUUGCCUACAGACACAUGGGCUUCCCUCAAAUCAAGGACCAACUGGAGCAGAACGGGAGGCUGAAGCCGAUCGGUGAGGAGGACGAAGAGUGGCAGGAGGAGAGCAAAGAAAGACGGGGGUCUGCAGGGUCCGUCAGCUCGGUGUGCUCUGAUACACCUAUGGUGCUUUAGAGUCAAAUCCAGAACCAUCCAGGCAAGGAAGAGACCUGGCAGGUUCCUUAUCUGUGGAGCAGGUCAACACCACGUCACAGCAUCCAGCCUCUCUCGUGGUUACUAUCCCACAACACAUGAGCACUUCAGUGCUGAGAUGCUCAGAAACCACAGAAUCCCCUCCUAUUAUUCUAUUAUUUAUUCACCCGAGCUUCUGCUAAGAAACCGGUGCUAUUUCUGUUUUUUUUUUUUUUAAUCCAGGGCAAGCCUUUUUGAAGACGUUCGCAUUAUAUAAGCUAUGCAUUACCAGCAAAAAUAUGUUUCCGCACCUCAGGCAUAAACCCCUGUUAAUAUUGUCCUUCUCAUUUUGACCCAGGUGGCAUUUUCUUACCUCCCUGUAACAGACCACAUUUCUGUCAUAGAAAUGUUCUCUUUUGGAUAUGAAUAAGAAUAAUUUUGUCAUUUCAGUGGAGAUAAACACAAUUUUUCAGAUUUACAGGUGAAAAGAUCCCAUAUAUUUGACCGUUUUACAUAUCUAUCUAUCACUCAACAGAACCAAUUUAAUGACCAAAAAUAGGAGAUCGAACAGUGUUCCAACAAUGAGUAUUAUAUCAGAAAAAUAUACUCUUUUUAAAAACAUAUAGAAUUGUUUUAGGGUUUUUUUUAGAACUUAGAGUUGUUUGCUUUUGUUUUAUUUGUGUAAGCAACUUAGUGGACAUGGGGAAAUUGGCCUUAUCAUUGCUUAAAACAAAAAAUAUAUAUAAAUGUGCAUUGUGUAAUUCACAACUAUUCAAUUAACAUUUUUUCUGAGGCACUGGUUCAGUAGAAUGACCCAAUAUCAGUAGCAAGAUGUGUCCUUCAGUGACAAGUCAUGGACUGUUAUAUGAUGAAAACCAUGUGCAUUUUCCCUCUCUGUAAAGAAAUAGAAGCUUUAUGUAAAGGACUGAAGCCAUGCGUUGUUGAAAUGGUGUGUCAUGUAUUAAUCAUUCCUUUGGUUGUCAUGAAGAGUGGCUCGUGUAUAUAGUUAUUGAUUACAGCGACCAGUGACUGUAGAUGUAAAAAAUGUUUUGCCCUUUUAAAGGAGACGAGUCGUUCAUAAACAAAAGACGAUAAAUAGAUAGAUUAUAGUGUGUAGUUGAGUCUAUGUUGUGCAUCUGAGUGAUCCUCUGUGAGUGAUGUUCUCUCUGUAUUAUGUCAUUGGGGAGAUGAGUUUCCACACGUGUCAAGGUCCAAUUCCACUGCUAAAUCUGUAGUGAUGAUGCACACGUUGAAAUAUCCACCGAGAGGGAGACGGGCGAGAUCAUCUUGCCAUAUUUAAUAGCAGUUGGAUAGUUUCAUAGAGGGGGGAGGGGGGUGGGGCUCCAACUUCAGCCAGAUAAACAGACUGAAAUAGCAGCUUGUGGCACUUCCAUGUAAACAAGCAGGAGAUUUAUCACGAGAGUCAAACACCUCGUGAAGUUGAUGAUGGAGCUGGUGAGUGUUAGGACUAGUGGACAGCAUCACUGCACUUUUCUGCUGAGUACUUUGAAUCCUCAUUUUCUACGCUGAACAUAGAAGUGAGCGAUAAAGUUGAGUGAGACCGCGGCAGAUGUGCUUUAAAUGGGGGUGUGGCUUUCAUCGUGCUUCCACAAAUGUAGUUUCACCAUCCAUCCUCUUCACGUUCUCCAUUUUAACCAGUCGAUUUCAGGGUUUGUUGAGAUGUGACAUCUUCAUAAAACCAAAGUUGACGCUCUUCAUGACUUUACUUUUGUCUCGAAAACGUUGUUGAAAGUUGCUGAGUCGUAACAAAUCCAGCUUGGUGGCACACCAAAAUGUAGCAUUUGUCAGACGUGUGUCGCGUGAGUGACUGUAUUGGGCCGUGUUUCUCUACUCUGUAAGUAACCAAAGAGUUAAAAAGUCUACAUGUUCAGUGUCCAUUGUGUGUGCCCACCUGUAACAUUAAAAACUAUAU